AUGGCCAAUCCGCAGUUUUCAUUCUACCUGCAGGAAGCUUUAGCUCUCGCCAACAAUGGCGGAGCAAACACAGGCGAGGUUUUACGUAUUGCUACACAGAUCAUUCCACACGACUUCGAAAGUACAUACAAUGCUUUCAAUUAUAUGGCAGAAAAUAUCGUUGCCAUAGCCCGAAAUAUCAACUCUUCACGAGAUCUGACAGGCACCAGAGAUGCAUUCUUCCGUGCAGCGACUUACUACCGAGGUGCCGGGUUCUUUCUAAUCGGCAACUGGUCCGAUCCACGCAAUUAUGAUCUAUGGGACAAGGCGCUUGCAUCUUUUGAUAAGUCAAUAUCAAUGAUUGAACCGGUCGCAGGGGAGCGCUUCGAGCUGGAUGCUCACAGUCCCACCAUUGGUGAUUUCAAAACAAUUGGUGUCUUCUAUAAAGCGUCGGCCGGUAACGAGUCGAGGCCAACUGUCGUGAUUGGUAGUGGCUACGACGCAAGCCAGGAAGAGAGCUAUCAUUCCGAGGUCCGACAAAUCCUCGCCCGUGGUGUGAAUGCCGUCACGUACGAGGGACCAGGGCAGCCCACGGUCCGGAGAAAGCAGAACUUUGGCUUCAUCCCUGACUGGUGGAACGUUGUGACACCUGUAGUUGACCACCUUUCCACGCGCAGAGACGUGGAUAUGUCCAAGCUCGCUCUAAUGGGAGUAUCCUUCGGUGGGAGUCUUGCACCAAUUGCUGCUUCUCGAGAACAUCGGUUCAGUGCUGUCGUAGCCAUCGAUGGUCUCUCCAGCAUGCAAAAGGCAAUUGCAGACCAACUUCCCAAAUCACUUCUGGACUUAUACAACUCCGGAAACAGAAGUGCAUUCGAUAAAGUUUUGCUCAAUGUUGCGGCAAAUACUUCACAGUCUAGUGAAUUUCGUUGGCUCAUCGACCAAAGUCUUUGGGUCUUCAACACUCACAGUCCAUAUGACUGGUGGACACGACUGGGCAAUAUCUCGUUGACGCCAGACAUGGUCAGGCAAUUGCCAAUGCCUGUGUUCGUUGGCAAAGGUCAGCACGACACGUUAACGCUCAAUCAACCAGAGCUAACACAGCAGCUGCUGACCACGGGUCGCCCCAACGGUGAAGGAUUGACGCAUUACCACGAAUUUAAUACUAGCCUUGGGGCGGGAGAACACUGUGCUCUCGGGGCGGAGUCGCAACUUGCCCAGGUCAUAUUGGACUGGCUAAGUGAUGUUUGGGGCGGCUACGCUUUCCAACAUCAUACACCAUAA